CGACUCUUUUGGGAAUCGAUUCCCAGUCCUGUUUUAAGUGGUGAACGGGUUUCCGUUCGCGAAAGGCUAGUGCUGUAACAAAGCCCUCUUUUGUUCGUUGUGUGAAUUUCAACUGAAGUGAUAAAGAAACUUUACUGAGAUUUCACAGAAACAAUCACACAGUGGUUAUGUACACAAAUGGAUAACAUGCCCAACGGUGUCACUCUCCAGAAGCAAAUAGCUUCCAUCAUGGACGUGCUCGCCAAAGCUGCGGUGGCAGAAAUAAGCAAAGUCGUGGACGAUGGUGUGGUCAUGCUACGGCUUGAAAUCUGUGAACGAGAGAACGAAAUCGACUCCUUGAAGAGGAACCUGCAGAUAGUGUCCAACGAGCUGCGGGCUGCUCGUCGUGCUCUUGUCCGGGAGUGCGUUAGUGGGCGCUCAAAACAGUUUGGAAUCGCUGAAGGUGGUCAAGGAGCCAAAGACAAAGACAGAAGAGGAACUGAAAGGGAGUUUGGAAAUGAGGAUUUGAAUGGGCAGAGAGAGGAAGUCAGCGCCGGGGUAAAGAUUAAGAUUGAACGUGUUGAGGAUGAGGAGCAAGAUACGAGUCAAAAUACAAGGACAGGACUUGCCUUGCGUUCAGGUUCUACUGAUAAUGAACAGCUUAUCCAGGUGUGGUCUACAGAGGAGAACGCAGAAAUACACUCUCCUGAGUUUUUCCAUUCCACACCUGAACAAUCACAACCCCAGUUAGAUCCUGCUGUCACCAUAGAGAGGAGUUACAAUCUGCUCGGUGACGGACUGGAGACAAGAUGCCCAAAUGGAGAUGACACAGUAGCCAGACACAGUGAGCCUUCCACAGACAGCCUGCAUGUAGCUACAGAAGAGUUACUGAGGGCACAAAAUGGCACCGGGCUUCAGCAGUCCCACUCACACGACACACUCGUUCCCCAACAUCCUGAUGGUCAGAGUAACUUCAGCGCUCUCUGUGUUCCUGGCAGAGGGAGGCCAAUGAAUGGAGGAAUGGACAUGGAUAAGAGACGUUUUCCCUGCAUGUUCUGUGGCAAGAGUUUCGAUCGGCUCAGCCACGUGGAGAGGCAUCAGCGCAUACACACCGGUGAGAAGCCUUUCAGCUGCAGGUUAUGUGGUCGAUGCUUCACGCAGAAGAGCAGCCUGAAAAGCCACCUGAAGACUCAUCGAGGAUUUAGCAGUGGCACCGAGGCAGCUUCUGGGUUGCCUAAUGAAGAUAACCACUUCAGGAAUGAAUGGAAUAUGGCAGCUCAUUGUGAGGAGCAGAUUGCAUCUCACUCUUACAUAAAUGGUCAAGACACACACACUGAGGAACUCAAUUCACACUCGUCAUGUCUGGGCCAGGAAAGCACUCACUUCAUUAACAUAGAGGAAGAGAGCUUGGAGCAACAAGACACAGAUCACCAGACGAAUCUAACCAAGCCAAACAGCAGCCCAGCAGGAAGAACCAAGAGCUGUGCUGAUUUCUGUGAGUUUCAAGGCCAUGAUGAUGCAGUGGUUUGUGCACUGGAGGAGGACACCAUGAAGACUGAGAAUAAAGAGGGGGGUAAAGAUCAGACGUUGAAUCAGACAUUGACUGAUUUUAGGCCAGAAGACCUUGGACGUCUCAACUCUGGAUCUGAAAGUGGAAUGGAUGAGGAAAAUGCACAGGCACUGCUUUCCUUAAACACAGCCGGCACUGGAAAAGACUUGGUGGAUUGCACUAAUAGGGAUGAGUACAACUCGCAUCACAGCAAAUAUCAGUUAGAAGCUACCUCAACCAUCAUUCACUCAUGGGAAGCUCCUGCAGUCACCAGCACCAAGGAUUUUGCCAGUAACCACAUUUAUGUGAAGGAGGAAGAAGAGGAUAGAUCAUCCAUGGAUGAAGAAGAGACCAGUCGAGAGGUAUCUUAUUCCCUGCAAUCUGAGGAAUGCAAUGUAGCUUCACCCAUUGACCACAUUUCUACAACAGCCUCUCUUAGGACUACAGAUGCUUUAAUGAUGCCCUCAAAUCCAUUACCUCAAAGACCCAGAGCUUUGAAUGGGGUGCAGAAAAAGCGAGAGAGGCGCUUCCUCUGCGUUCUCUGUGGGAAAAGUUUUGACCGCUUGAGCCACCUGGAUCGUCACCAGCGGAUCCACACUGGAGAGAAGCCCUACAGCUGCGGCACGUGUGGUCGGAGCUUCACCCAGAAGAGCAGUUUGAAGGGCCACAUGCGGACACACGCACGCGAGCGGGCCUUCCACUGCUCUGUCUGUGGAAUCAGCUUCCCCACACGAGCUGGCCGCUACAGGCACUGGUGCAACCAGAAUGAAAUGGCAGACUAUUUAAAAUAACACAAACAUUCCAGCUGAGGUUCCUCUGAGGUUUGGUUGACAGAAAAUGGCUUUUAGUGAAGUGCUUCCUGCAACUCAUCAUUUACGUAUUACUAUACCAUCACUCUUUCCCAUAUUAGGCCAUUUUAAACUGCAGUUUCUCACAUUAAUCCUGAACAAACCCUCAUUGACAGACAAAAGACAGCUAGUGUGUUAAUAGGUGGGGCCAGCUGUGAUCUUAUAUGCACCUUUGGGGACAACUUGUUCAAGUUUUGGUGCUGCACUGCGGUGAAAUCCCCCACUAACAACUCUAAAACUAGCCCCCAAAUUCCUCUAGUUGGUGCUCUUUUAACAUGAAGUACAGUUGCUAACACACAAAAAAGCUAGCUAGCAGUCUAGCACUAUAGUUAGCUAACGGCAUUGUUUUCCUUUGAAAGAGAUUCAUUUAACUAUAUGUGAUCUGUUUUGUACACACACAACACACAUCUGCAUGCAUAAUUGUAGCUUUUUUGGGGGGCUUUUCAGCCAUGCUAACUUACAUUACAUCGCUAAUGACAAUCGGACAAUAUUGAUGAGCACAUCCCAACUUUGAGCUCUGCCUUCAAAAGAUGUGGGACUGGUUUAGAAAUCUCACUCAGUUUGUUUCCACCAUAAUCAAUCUAUGUUCCCACCAACAUUUAGCCCAAAAUUUCUCAUGGUUGUUCCCAUAUGUUCUCAUUAAGAGAUCACAUGGUGGAUAUCGAAACAGCACUGUCAUGUGAUGUUAGCUGUGUAUUUUGUUCUGUAGGGUAGUAGAUCGUCUGAGUAGUUUGUGCAUGAUUGCCUCAUCUUAAAGGGCCCAUAUCAUGGAAAACUGAAUUUUUCUCACUUUUUUGAAAUAGAAGAGCUUGAUGUAGCAUGUAGUCAGUGUUUCAAAACAUACUGUUCACACUUCUGUCCACAUAUGGAAACUAAGCUGCAAAAACAACCUGCUUUGAAUUUUUCAUUUUUGUGAUGUCACAAAACCCAAAACAUAUCUAUUGAGCAGUUUAACCCUGCACUUUAAAUGAAAUGGUUCAAUUUACAUUAAAUUAUUUUAAUGCUUAGAAAUUUCGGAUGUUUUAAAAGACUUUUGUAAAAGUUUGUAAAACAUCAGGUUAGUGUCAGUAUUGGCCGGUGCUGAAUGUUUUGAGAUCAGUAUCCACUAAUAGUUAUCAAGAGGAAAACUAGCAUACAUUCCUUCAUCUUGGUAUGAUUGUAGUUCUUUUUAUUUUGAAUAAUCAUAGCAUGAAAUACAUAUCAUUAUAUUUCUAAUUAUAUUCAUUACAAGGGUGAGCUGCAGGAAAAUGUGAGACAUUGUCACAUUCCAGUAAAUGUGUUGUUGGCUCUUAACAGCCAAAUUCAUUUAAAGCCAUUUUGUUAGAGGAAUUUAGUGGAGAUCAAGUAGAUUAGCAAUAUGUGUACAGCUAGGUAUCAUAACUGGACAGAUCCAGAAUGAUAUGUCUUUUUGUUACUGUAACUACAUAUUUCAUGGUUCACAUUUGUUGUUACUCAAAAGACAAAUACUCCAUGAACAAUCAAAAUGAUUCAGUGUAGCAGAUUGUUAACAAGACUGUAUUUCUACAUACAUCCAUAAAUGAAAUUAGUGUAACUGUU